UAAUUAUAAAGUUCUAAAUUACAAUGGAAGAAAGACGACGCGAGAUGAGGUCAUUUAAAAUUGAGAUCCUCGUGUUAAAUGCAUCUGUGCUUGAAGUAGAAAGAGAUGGAGACGACUGUGUUGUUUGGCAACAUAGGGUAUAUGAUAAAUAUCUCUUCUAUCUACAGAUGGGUGCAAGCAUUGGAGCACACGCAAUAUCCCAUUUGGAAGAAAUUAGUGAUGAAGGAGUUAAAGCAAUGGCUUUAUCCGACACAACUGCUAUUAUUUUACCAACUACUGCUUAUGUUUUAAAGCUGAAACCUCCACCAGUAAGGAAAAUGAUAGAAGGAGGCGUCGCCGUAGCGCUUGGUACAGACUUUAACCCAAAUGCAUACUGUUUAUCCAUGUUAGGACUUAUUGAUGCCCAUACUCAUCCGGUUUGGGCAGGAGAUCGAGUUCACGAAUUCGAAAUGAAGCUUCGAGGUGCAACUUACAUGGAAAUUCAUAAAGCGGGAGGUGGAAUUCAGUUCACAGUCGAUGAAACACGCAAAGCAUCAGACGAAAUACUACUGGAUCUGCUUAAACAGAGGAUUUUUAGAAUGAUGCAAAAUGGCACUACCCUCGUCGAAGUUAAAUCUGGUUAUGGCUUAGAUUGCAAAUCCGAAAUGAGGUUGCUCAGGGUAAUAGAGAGAGCGCGUGAUGCCAUUCCCAUAGAAUUAUCUUCUACGUUCUGUGGUGCACACUCUGUACCCAAAAGUAUGACGGCAGAAGAAGCAACUCGAUCUGUUAUUAAUAAUCAAAUUCCUAAAUUGAAGCAAUUAAUGGAUGAGGGAGAGUUAAACGUAGACAGCAUCGAUGUCUUCUGUGAAAAAGGUGUUUUUGACUUGCAGCAAUCUCGCAAGAUCCUUCAAAAAGGGAGUUCCAUAGGUCUUCGACUAAAUUUUCAUGGCGAUGAAUUGAAUUCUAUGGGAGCCGCUGAAAUGGGUGCAAGCAUUGGAGCACACGCAAUAUCCCAUUUGGAAGAAAUUAGUGAUGAAGGAGUUAAAGCAAUGGCUUUAUCCGACACAACUGCUAUUAUUUUACCAACUACUGCUUAUGUUUUAAAGCUGAAACCUCCACCAGUAAGGAAAAUGAUAGAAGGAGGCGUCGCCGUAGCGCUUGGUACAGACUUUAACCCAAAUGCAUACUGUUUAUCCAUGCCACUGACUAUGAAUCUUGCAUGUAUUAACUUGAAUAUGACACUUAAAGAAGCGUUAGUAGCUUCAACCAUCAAUUCUGCCUACGCUCUGGGAAGAUCACAUACAAAUGGCUCCAUAGAGAUAGGAAAAUUGGCAGAUAUCUUAAUUUUAAGGCAUCACAGGUGGGAGCAUCUAAUAUACCAAAUUGGUGAACACAGCAAUUUGAUUAUGUAUGUGAUUAAAAGAGGAAAAAUUGUGUAUAAAAAUCUGUAGUAUUUAGUUAUAUGCGUUUAAUUUUAUGUAAACGCAAGAUAUUCAUUGAACCAUCUUUAUAAUUUCUUAUUCCACUUAUACAAGAUUCCUUGCAAUAUACAUAAAUUUAUAAAAUUAUAAAGAUUAUUUCAAAGUGAACUGAUAAA